GUCAAAGCUUAUCAAACUUUGUUUUUGAGAAACAUCAUAUUCAAUUGAGUUUUUCAUGUAGUCAAACGAAGUAAAGGCUGUCUUAACUCAAAAGUCUUUUCAAGACUUGCCCCUGGUCUCCUCUGUCAAAACUAUCCUUGGGGACUCCUCUAAAAUGGAAUAUGCAGCUAACCAAAUCGAGUCUAGGCAUGAUGAAAUUACUGAUGAUGAAAUCAUAAAAUUACCUUUUCAUAAUACAUCGCAUGAUAAUUCAUCAUGGAAUGAUAAUUCAUCACGUAUGUUUUUUCAACAUUUAACAGAGUCUAAGUCUGUUCUGGAAAAGGAACUGUUCGAAUUCGAAUUAGAAAGUGUAAUAAGGGAACAGAAAAUGUACGAAGGAAUUAAAUUAUUCUUUAAAACAUAUGAAACAUGGCGAACUCACAGAAAAAAAACAAUGGAUUUGCUGAAGGAAUGCGAAAGUUCUAUUGCAAACGUUGCGGAAAAGGCUUCCAUUUUAAAAUUAAUUCUUUCCACUGCAGGCGUUUUUGGCUCCGCAGCUUUUUUAGGUACUGAUUAUUUAAAAAUAAUACCUGAUUGGGGAAUCAAAAUUCUGACAGCCUCGGGUGUAAUUGGUUCUGUGAGCUUCUUAUGUGAUGUUAUAUCUCAAUAUUAUAGUAAAUCAAAGGUGGAAAAAAUUAUUUACCUUUUCUUGUUAGAUCAAGAUAAUUUUGAAGCUAUGAACAGCGAUAAGCAAAGCAAGUUUGUCAGCGACAUUAUUGAAAAAAAUUUCCCAUUUGGAAUCAAUGAUGAUAUUUUAAAAGAUAUCCUUGCUUGUCAAGAAGAAAUGUCUGCGAAAAUGCAACUCAAACUUAAGGAACUGGAACGUCGCUAUCAAAUCUUGAAUUCACACUCGCAAAAAAAAUUUGGGUCCAGAGGUCGUUCAUGCAGCAUUACUGUCGUUGAUCCUAAAUUGAUAAAUAGAUUCAUUACCUAUGAUAAAGUUUCACUCCAGGAAAUGCUGAAGCAUUUGCGUGAGAUAGAAAUGGAUAAAGAGAAUGUCAAAAACGCUACCUCCAUCAAUGAUGCAAAAAAUAAUGAAGCGAAAAUUUUUAGCAUCAUAUACUUGUCAAAUGUUUAUCAAAAACACGAGUUGUUGUACAACACUGAAUUCAUAAAAAAAGCAAGGAACUUCUCAAAAUCUACUUUUGCAAACUUGUGGUGGAAAACCCUAGAGAAUAAAAAGUCGACAAAGCAAGCUGAGAAGAAGAAACUCUAUGCCGAAAUGAAGUCUGUUGUCAAAAUAGAUAAGCUGUUUUGGCCUAUUAUGUCUGUGACGUUAUUGCCAUUGUCACAUAACUACACUGCAAAUGCCUUAGCAAUUUUCGUUACUAGCAGUAUUAUUGCUUUUGACGCUUUCUGCGAAUUAAGUAUUAAAAUUGAACCGAAAGAAACUAGAAUUUUGAAACGGCUACAUCGUAUUUUGUCUUCAGAAUAUAAAGACCUGAAGUUGAACAAAUCUUGUUCUAAGAAUCAAUCAGAUUGAUCAUUGAUAAUACUGAUACUGAAUGCAUGAUUUUUAUCUAAUACGUAUUCAGUAUCAGUAUUACCAAUGAUCAAUCUGAUUGAUUCUGGUUUAUAAUUUUUAUAUAUUAUAUAUUCUGCAUCCCGAUGCAUAUAACAUGAUUUUGUAGAAUUUUGUUUACUUAUUUAUGUUAUGUUAUGUUGCAUAUAAUUUUGAGUUUAUGGCAUCAGUAUUGGAGACAUUUCACUUCAUAUUUAAUCAAAAUGUCAGAUUAAAAAAAUUGUCUUUCUAGAUGAAAACAACAAUCAAUAACUAUAUAUGUAACAAUUUUUUUAUUAAUUGUUGUAUCAUACCUUACGUCUGUCCAUCUGUAAAAGCUCUGAUAAUAUAUAAUCUCACGGAUCAUUUGAUGAAUUCAUGAAUUUGAAUGAAAUUUGCAUUUUUAAACUUCCAUACUUCUUUAGCCAAAACUGCUAUUAAUAAGUUGUUUCAAAUGAAUAUAUGAUUCAAAUAAAACAUGAAAUCCCUAACUUAACUUGGCUAAUGGGAAUUCUUAGCGCAUUUUUAGUUUUAAGUAAAUAACUUUUGUAAAUUACUUUUAUUGAGAUUUUGAUGAUAGUUUGUUCCUAAUAAGGAGGUUGACAUUUUUUUUUUCAUAAAGGGACACAUUUAUGUAUAUGUAGAGGAUAUAUCUAUGACAAAUACAAUAAUAAGAAAUUGAAAAACAAUAUUUUAG